AACCCUCUUCUAUCUUCGCCGCCGUUAGGGCAACCGAAGAUUUCUAAAAUGAUGACCAAUCGCAUUCGCUGUCUCUUCCUCCUCCACCGCCGCCUCUCCUCCACCACUACUGCCAUUGCUACCUCGUCGGUAGCUACCGAUAAGACUAACCCUCCAACGCCCUCCUUGCCGCUCUCCAUCACCAUCAACAUGCUCUUCAAGGAGCGCGACCCUGACAAGCUUGCCGCCGCCUUCAUCGCCGCCGCCUCCUCCUCCUACCGCUUCCGCUGCAGCCACCGCAUCUACGAGAUCUCCGUCCGCCGCCUCGCCAAGUACGGCCGCCUCGACGCUGUGGAGGCCAUCCUCGAGCACCACAAGAGUUUCUCCUCCGACCUCGCUCGCGAGGGCUUGGGCAUCCGCCUCAUAUCCCUCUACGGAAAGGCCGGGAUGCCCGCUCAUGCAGCCGCCACGUUUCGGCAGCUCCCUGAUCUGGGCUCCCCCCGCACCGUCAAGUCCUUCAACGCUCUCCUCACCGCCUACGCCCAAGCCGGCGACGUCAACGGCCUCGAUGAGGCCUUCCGCGAUAUACCCGCCUCGAUCACCCCUAAUUACAUCUCCUACAACAUCCUCAUCGGUGCUCUCUGUGCAAAGGGCGACCUUGAGGCGGCUAUGCGCACGGUCGACGUAAUGAACACGAACGCAAUCUCCCCCGAUCUGAUCACCUGCAACAUCCUUCUACACUCUUUCUACAUCAACAAACCUUCUGAAGCGGACAAAAUUUGGGCGAUGAUGCGAGAGAACAACAUCGAACCCGAUUCAAGGAGCUUCAACGGGAAGCUGCGUUGGCUGGUCGCCGAAAGAAGAACGCAAGAAGCCGUCGAGCUCGUAGACCAGAUGAAGCGCAACGGACCGAAGCCCGAUGCUUUCACCUUCAAUGCCUUGCUCAAAGGCCAUAUCCAAGAUGGGAACUUGGAGGAGGCGAAGAAGCUGUUCCUCGAUUUCACAAAGAACGAGUGUUCACCGAAUCAUCAGACGUUUGAAAUUCUUAUCCCAUACCUUUCCGAGGCCGGUGAGCUCGAUUGGGCGGUGAGGUGCUGUUACGAUGGCAUGAGCAGGCGGUGCUAUGUGAGAGCGUCAUUUUUGCAGGGGGUGGUGGAUGCGCUGGUGAAGAACUCGAGGGUGGAGGAGGCGAAGAAGCUGGUGGAGGCUGGCCGAAAGAACAACUACUCCAAGAAUAGUCUCCAGAUGCCCGAGUCUAGUCAGAGUUUGGUUGUAUAAUUAGAGAUAAACCUCAAGCUAUUGGAUAAUCUAUCUCAAGUUAUGAUAAUCAAUCUUAUUCAAAUGUUACUCAGAUAUGAUUCAUUAAGAUAUGGGAUGUUGCCUUAAUUAAGAUAUGGGAUGUGAUAUGGGAUGUUAUCACAUGAGAUAUUGGAUCAAAAUUCUAUCUGAGCAUAUUUCUCUCCUGCCAUUUAUACUAAUUGUUAGUAGUUAAUUAGAUUUA